GCGCCGCUGUGUUUUGAAAAGCCGGGUAAACUGAGCUCUCUCUCGCUGCCCUCGUCCAGCUGCGUGUCUGCAACCGUAAUAUUUACAGUCUGUGGUCUGCACAGAUUUCCAUAGAUUUUGAUCAUAAUGUAUUUAUUAUAAGGGCGAAUUAUAAACAUGCCAAAGGCUCAGAAGAAGUCCUGCAACACUCAGACCUCCAUUAGCAAGUACUUCGGAGGCCUGAGCAGCAGCAGUGCCUCCAACACUCAGUGCGGGAUUAAUCCAAAUCCUGCAGUACACCAGGUCUCAAGAGGCAAGCAAAAACUUUCCCCUAAUGAGGAUUUUGGAUUGCCAACAAAACGAGCCAAGCUUUCUCUACAAGACCAGCAAGUGGGGGUGAAUUUAGUUUCUGAUGCGGCCUCCUGUCAAAGCACUAAAGAGAGCACGCUGUCAUCACCUCGAAGAGCAGACCGCCUCUGCUCCUCUACCUUGGAGAAGCUGAAAAGUUUCAGUGUUGAGCACAGUGCUGAUCAAAGGACGAAAACGAGGACAGAAGGUGCUAGUGUUGAAAUAUGUGACCAAGGGAGCAGCACUUUUCCUCGUCCGGACAAAACAGAUCUACAUAGCAGUCAAAACAGGCAGCUGACAGAGGAGGUGCACGAGGAUGGAGAAGAGGAGGAAAAAGAACAGGAAAACAAACAGGAGCGUUCAGGGCUGUCUGCUCCAAGACAGGCGUUCCGCUUUUCCCAGUUUGCCAAGCCAGGAGAAGGAGCAAGAGGAAGAGGAGAUGAUAGAAGGUGUUCAGAGCCUAGUCCUCCAGCAGACUCUAGCGCCCCCUCCAGACGCUCAAAGAGCACAUACACUCCCCUGGAACAGCAGGUCAUCCAGUUGAAACAGCAGCAUAAAGAUGUGCUGUUGGCUGUGGAGUGUGGGUACAAGUACCGGUUCUUUGGAGACGAUGCCGAGAUCGCAGCAAAGGAGCUAAACAUCUUCUGUCAUCUGGAUCACAACUUCAUGACGUGCAGCAUCCCCACACACCGUCUGUUUGUUCAUGUACGACGGUUGGUGUCUCACGGACACAAGGUGGGUGUAGUAAAACAAACAGAGACGUCUGCGAUAAAGGCCUCAGGAGCCAAUAAGAAUGCUCUAUUCAGUCGUCAGCUCAGUGCGCUGUACACCAAGUCCACUCUGGUGGGAGAGGAUGUGAACCCCGUCUGCAGGCUGGGGGAAGGGGAGCAGGGGGCUUGUGGAGAUGUGGUGUCGGACCCUCCUGACAGCUUCCUGCUGUGUAUCAGUGAGAACUGGGACAAACUGAAGAAGCAGCUCACUGUUGGGCUGGUGGCAGUUCAGCCCAGCACAGGAGACGUGUUACUGGACUGUUUCCCUGAUAGUCAGUCUCGCUCUGAGCUAGAGGCUCGUGUCCUAAAGAUCAGCCCUGUGGAGAUUCUUGUGCCCUCUGACCUCUCAGAACAAACCCACAGACUCCUGCAGAGCAUUGCAAAUGCAAGUGCUCAGGCUGAUGACCGAGUGAGAGUCGAGCUGAGGGACAGCGCUCAGUUUGAGUUCGCCUCAGCAAUGAACACAUGCACAGAGUUCUACUGCCACAGCCAGGAGAAAGGCUCUCGCUCUCUGUCCAAUGUGGCGUCCUUGGAGGGUGUUGUGAUCUGCUGCCUGGGGCCGCUCAUCCACUACCUUCAAGAAUUCAAUCUGGAAAGAGUUCUUAGAAGUGAAAGCUCAUUUCGACGUCUCUCCUGUGCGUCAGAGGGGAUGAAUCUCAAUGCCGCCACCCUCCGAAACCUGGAAAUUCUCAACAAUCAGACAGAUGGCGGUGUGAAAGGCAGUCUGUUGUGGGUGUUGGACCAGACUCGUACUCCGUUUGGGAAGCGACUGCUGAGGAAGUGGGUGAGCCAGCCCCUCACAGCUCCGCAAUCCAUUGCAGAGAGGCAGGAUGCUGUGCAGGAGAUCCUGCAGUCAGACUCGCUCUCCUUAAAUUCUGUCAGGUCUCUGUUGUCUCAUCUGCCUGACCUGGAGAGAGGUAUCUGCAGUAUAUAUCACAAAAAGUCUUCCACACAGGAGUUUUACCUCGUCAGUAGCAGUCUCUCUCGCCUGGGGCUUGGACUGCAGGCCUUGCUCCCUGCUAUCGAGUCUCAGAUCAGCUCAGUGCUGCUCCGGGGUCUCCUCAUGGACUCCCCUGAGCUGCUGGCUCCGGCCCACAGCUUCCUCAAAGUGCUCAAUGAAAAAGCCGCCAAGUCGGGGAAUAAGACGGAGCUGUUCUCAGAUCUGUCCGGCUUCCCGGUGAUCCAGGAGAGGAGGGAUCAGAUUCAGACCGUCCUAAAGGAGAUUCAAGACCAUCGCAAAGAAGUCCGCCAGACGCUGAGGGCCCCGGCAUUCGACUACACCACAGUGUCUGGACUGGAGUUUCUGAUCGAGGUGAAGAACUCCCUGUCAUCCACUGUUCCCCCUGACUGGGUCAAAAUCAGCAGCACCAAAGCUGUCAGCAGGUAUCAUUCUCCUUUCCUGGUGGAGUGUUACAAGAGGCUGCUGCAGCUCCGAGAGCAGCUGCUGCUCGACUGCCAGAGGGAGUGGACCAAUUUCCUGGAUCAGUUUGGGGAGCACUAUCACACCAUGAAAACGGCCAUUAGUCACCUAGCAACCGUUGACUGUCUCUUUUCAUUGGCCGAGGUGGCCAAACAAGGAGACUACUGCAGGCCAGAGGUGUGUGAGGGCCAACAUCAGAUUGUGAUCAGGGACGGCAGACAUCCUGCCAUCGACUUACUGAUGGGAGAGCAGAACCAGUAUGUGCCCAACCUCACCGAAUUACAGGGUGAUGGCAGGAGAACCAUGAUAAUCACUGGCCCUAAUAUGGGUGGUAAGAGCUCCUACAUCCGCCAGGUGGCUCUGAUCUGUGUUAUGGCUCAGAUGGGCUCUUAUGUCCCAGCCUCUGCGGCCCAUCUCGGUGUCCUCGAUGGCAUUUACACCAGGAUGGGUGCUUCGGACAACAUCUACAAAGGUCGCAGUACGUUCAUGGAGGAGCUGACUGAAGCCUCUGAGAUCAUUUCCCAUGCUACAGAGCGUUCCUUGGUGAUCCUCGAUGAACUGGGACGGGGCACGAGCACCCACGAUGGGAUUGCCAUUGCUUUUGCAACCUUGGAGUACUUCAUCCGAGAUGUGAAAGCCCUCACCCUGUUUGUGACCCAUUACCCUCCUCUGUGUGAGCUGGAGCGGGUGUAUCCUCAACAUGUGUCUAACUACCACAUGGCUUUCCUACUCAAUGAACCCGACAUCGCUAUGGAUACUGACGACGGAGAGGUUCAACCAGAGUUUAUCACCUUCCUCUACCAGUUAACUGAAGGAGCUGCAGGGCGAAGCUAUGGCCUGAACGUCGCCCGAUUGGCUGACAUCCCAGACACGAUACUGCACACUGCUGCACUCAAAGCCCGCGAGCUGGAGAGCACGGUCAACGCAAGGAGGAAGAAUAAGAAAGUUCUGUCAGAUCUUUGGAGCGUCUCGGACAGAUUGUCCCUCGUGGAGUGGCAGCAGUCAAACUCUUGACUUCACAGAAAUAGGAGUCAACACACAGAGAACACACAAGGAAAGAGAAGACAUGAAUGAGCAAACUUCAGAGAGGACUAAGCACUGAUGGUGUAAAGUCAUUGUUUUUGGUUUACUUCCUAUGAUUUCAACAAUCUCAGGUUCUGAUCAUCAGUAUCAUCUGUACUGUAACCUAAUGGUCAUUUCAUUUAUACAAUUAAUAAUGUGACAUUAUUGAUAAAAAACAAAACGGUUCUUACAGUUUGCAGAUGCACAACACUUUGGAGAUCACAAAAGACAGUUCAGAACAAAGAUCACUUAAUUCAAUAUUCUUGGUUUCUUUCUUUUCCCCUACAAAUUCUUCUUGCUUGAAAAUAAACACCAACUAUAUUACCCACAA